AUGUCAUUAUUCAACAUAUAUGAUAUUGAUGAUAAGGAUGAUGAUAAGUCAGGAUCGCCACCAACAGUGACAAGGAUAAGUGGUCAUGUCUUGGUCGCCAACAAUAUGUCUGGCGCUGCCAUAUUCGAGUUGGUUCGCAUUGGCACUGGUAAGGUACUGGGAGAAGUGACACAACUCAAUGGUGACCUGGCCACUAUACAGAUGAUGGAGCAUACCAAUGGUCUUGCGAUUGGUGACCUCGUUCAGCGAAUGCAUCAUCAAAUGAGUGUCGAACUUGGUCCAGGUUUGCUCACCAAUGUCUUUGAUGGACUGCAGAGAUCACUUAUAUCUUCAGAGUUUGAUCGAUGUAAACAGAUAUAUGUCAAGCGAGGAACAAGUGAUCAUGCAAUCAAUAGAGAGGACUUGUAUGAGUAUAAACCGAGUGAUGGUUUGAAGAUUGGAGACACAGUUAAUGAAGGUGAUAUCUUUGGAAAGGUAAUGGAACAUAACUUUGAACAUCGUUUGAUGGUGCCACCAAAGAGGUCUGGUGUCAUUGUUACGAUAUUGCCAGCAGGAGAGUAUAACGUGGAUACUGUGCUCUUGACAAUCGAGCAACCAGAUGGCAAACCCCUCGACCUUACAAUGAUCCAACGAUGGCCUGUUCGCACUCCACGUCCAUCACGUGACGUCAUCCCUCCCGACCAGCCCUUCAACACAGGCAUUCGCGUGCUCGAUGCUUUCUUCCCACUGGCCAAGGGUGGAUCAUGUAUCUUGUAUGGUCCCGAACACUCUGGAAAAAGUGGACCGGCAUAUUCCGUGGGCAAGUAUGGUGGCGGCACUGAUGUAUUGAUCACUGUGAGCAGCGGCGAGAGAGCAACAGAUGCAUGGGAACACAUCAUGGAGCAAGAUUAUAUCAGCGAGUACAAGAAGAGUUGUUUGAUAAUCUCGCCUGCCAACAUGCCAGGCCUGGAACAAACGAUAUUCUGUGGCGCAACGAUAGCCGAGUACUUUAGAGAUAUGGGCUUGCAAGUAACAUUGGUCGUCGAAGGCAUCGACCGCUGGACACGUUCAAUCUGUGAUCUGUCUGGUCGACUGGGUGAGGCACCUGGCGACAAUGGAUAUCCUGCCUAUCUGGGCACCAAGAUGGCAUCAUUUUACAAGCGAGCUGGCAAUAUAGAUUGCCUUGGACGUGGUGGCAGGAAUGGAUCCGUAACGAUUGUGACCACGGCAGUUGACGACGAGGUCGACCCAUCAGUCAGCAAGUCAUUGGACCACACUCAGGUCUCUUGGGAGACGUGCAUGCCAUUGUAUCGUCGCAGACAUCAUCCUCCCAUCAACUAUCUAAACUCAACCUCUAAGUUCCAUCAAGCACUCGCGCCACACUUUGAAUCGUGGGGCCAUGACUACAUGGACUUGAUCAAUGAAGCCAAGGCCAUACUAUCUCGCGAAUACGACCUGAUAGACACAGUGAGCAAGAUUGGACUCGACCAUCUGCCCGAGGAGGAUCAGCUGACAGUGUUCGUGGCCAAGGCCAUCAAAGAUGACUUUCUUCAACAGAAUAUCUUUACAUCAUACGACAAGUACUGUCCACAUUACAAGUCAUAUUGGAUACUACGCAACAACAUAGAACUACGUAAUCAAGCACGUAUAAUACUGGGUAUACCAAAGAAUAUUAGCAAUCGAGUGAUCAAAUGGAGUUCGAUCAAGAGUGAAAUUGGAGAAACACUGUAUCAGAUCUCAACGAUGAAGUUUGCCGAUCCAGCUGAUGGCGAGGCUACAAUCAUAGCAAACUAUCGUGAACUAUAUGAACGUAUCAGGAAUGACUUUAGGAGGAUGUACAGCGAGUAUGUGAACAUGUAA